AUGGAACAUUCCCACGAUGCUAGCUCAGCUGGAGCCCUGAACCCUUCUGCAUCGGAUCUGGGGCCCCCAGGGGCCGAGGGAGGCACCUUGCCCAACACUGAGGCUGAGCCCCUGCCCCAGAUGGCAGAGUCCAACACAUCCCCUUCCCUAGGAAGGUCAGCCUCCUCUCCUGCUCCCUCAUCUGUGGAUCCACUUGUUCCUGACACCCUGAAUUCCUCCGCCAGCCCUGAGCCCCAGGUCCAGGAAGGCAAAAUAAGUCAGAGCUAUGCCAGCAAAGGGACCACCAGGACGAAAUUCUCUGAGGAGCAGCUGAGGGUCCUCAAGGCCUGCUUUCAAGAAUCCAAAUACAUUAACAAAAAGAAGAACCUCCAGUUGGCUGAGCAGUUAGGGCUAAGCCGCAGACAGAUCUGGAAAUGGUUCCAGCAAUGGAGACUGAAACUAAAGAAGAACCCACAACUGGAGGUCGUGGGGCCCAAACCUGGCCAACGCCACAGGCUGCCUCGGCUUAAACCAGCAGUUGGACCACAAGACCUCGGCCUCCCUUCUUCAUUUCUUGGGGACCCUAUGUGUGAUCAUCCCAAAGCCUACCCAGAAAGGAGCUGCCAGGUUUCAGAGAACUGUCUCUGGAAUUGUGGAGAGGCUCACCAUCCUUUUCAGGUGGCACCCCAAGCCUCCCACCCAGCCUGCACCUCGAGGUCACAGGCCUAUGUGGCUUCUUCUACCCCCCCUGUCCCACCCACACAGGCUCCCCCACCACACCUCCCCACCAGAUCGCCGGGGAACCUGGUCCAGUUGGAGAAGAGCUCUGACUGUGCAGAGGCCAGUGACGCUCCCAAGCCAUCCCUGGAAGACAGUCAUGCUCCCUAA